AUGGGCAGUGUUGUGGAUUCCCUGCUGCGGCGCUCCACGGUGAAGAUGGACACUUGUAAUUCUUCUCAAGUGGUGAAUCCGAACCGCUUCGUCCGCUCAAGUCCUGGAAGAGCUCGACAAAACGUGAAUGAUAACAUGAUGUCGACUUCGACUUGGACGGAAGGAGAGUCAGGAAUUGGAUCAGAACUGCUCAGGUCAACAAUUCCACCUGAAAACGCCACAUCAAUGAAUCGAAGCCAGCUUGUAUCAAUAUCCGACGAGGUGGUGGAGGGUUCACGCCAGACUCCGAGAAACCGCUGGGCGCAGUGUAGAGAAAUGAGCCUCAAUAAAAGCAAACAACGCAUAUCUACUGCUCAGAAAGAUCUUGAUGGAAUCCUCAACAUUGAAACCGAACAAAGAAAUGCCUUGGCCGCCGUUAGUCGUAUUCUUAAUCAAUAUUCAUCACACAGAGCAUCUGCAUGCGCUGACGCCCGACAUCACCCGCGACGGAGCCGCAACACCGAUGCUGUGAAUAUGUCUGUUUACCGCAAUACAGCCUCAGCUCUCCUCUACCCACAUAGAAGUCACAAUCUUGUUCUAUGGACGGCAAAACAUCCGACCUACUGUACAAAUUUACUUGAUGUAAGAUCCGUGAAUAGACAAGGUCUCAAAUGCUCUGACUGCGGGGUCAAAUGUCACGAGAGGUGCAGAGACAUGCUUUCUAUUGAUUGUCUCCAGCGUGCUGCUAGCAAAAAGAGCUCCAACAAAAAUGACACCCAGGAAUUAAAGGAGUCGAUGCUCCAACUGAUCCAAGGCCGUCUUAAAACUGCUGCAGAGGAGCUGAAAUUACUGGCGAAUAUCUUCAGUUUGACGCCAAGCGAAUCCCAGCGAAAUCUAGACUUGGUGAAAGACAAGUUGCUGAAGAAAGAUUUGAUCUGGUCGGCGAAGCUGAAAGUGACAGUUGUGGAAGCAAGAGGACUCAUGCCAAUGGACAAGAACGGGCUCUCAGAUCCGUAUUGCGCAGUUCAAGUUGGCAAGCAUCACAAAAACACGACGACAAAGAAAGAAACCCUCGAUCCAAAGUGGAAUGAAUCAUUCGACUUCAAAGUUGAGAGCGCGCGUGAGUCCAUUAAAAUACGAAUCUGGGAUGAGGACGAUGAUCUGCGAAGUCGACUGAAAGACAAAAUCCUACGAGAAGCGGAUGACUUUCUCGGCCAAGUUGUGAUUGACAUACGCUCGAUCACAGGUGACUCGGAUAGCUGGUACGAGCUGCAACCAAGGACAGCGAAAACAACAAUCAAGGGGAGCAUUCGGAUAAAGAUUAGCAUGACACGGAAAACUGACAUUGAUGGGGAUGAAAAAUUAGCGACAAUUCCAAAUCAAUUUCUGAUUCUUCACAGCCACAUUCUUUCAUAUCUCCAAGACCUCACUGGAAACUCUAAUUCCUCGAAAACAAGUCCGAUAAUUUCCUGCUCUAGUUCGGGACAAGUCUCCGUUUCCAACAGAAUCGCCCAGAAAAUUCUGGAUUCCUUCACGAAGCACUACGGCAUCACAAAGAUCUUCAUUCAAAUGGCCACAUUCGGACAUUUGACCGAAAACUUAAAUAUGAUCGACGCGGCAGAAACACUUUGGAUUAUUUCUGGACAUGCCAUUGAGCAUUAUUGCCAUGAACCUAACACGGCUCAUCUGACAAUGGAUGAGCGCUUGUACGCAUCAAAUAUCCAAAAGCGCAACUUGAGUGGACAGGUGAAAAAGGCAGAAAUGUUCAUCCGAUUGAAGCUGAACUCCUAUCGCAUGCACUAUGGAAAAAAUUUGAAUGAGCCGACCGCGCACAAUUUGGAACUCUCGCUCAAGAUACUCAUCAAACUCGUUGAGUUCAAGGAGAAAGUCUUGAAGGAGAACAACAGCAAGCUCGACGAAAUGAUUCUCGACUGCUGCAGUAAAUGCCACGAAAUUACGUACGGGAAUGUUUUUCACGAAGCAGAAGAGUAUCAAGUAAGAGCAUCAAUUGCAGGCUCAGUUGAUGAUGGAGACGGACUCUGGCAGCAACAGGGUGAAAAUACUGAGUCGAGUUGUGACCACUCAGCUCCACUGGAAUUCUGGGAGCGUUUCUUGCGAUGCGUUGUUUCACUUGUAGAAGAAGAUAUGGUCUACUACUCGCCCAUUUUCACCUCCGUUAUUCCCGAUCUAAAGCUAACAACCUGCUCGGCGGUAAAGUUUUGGUCGAUGUUGCUAAAUGACUUGGUCGGGUUUUUGGAGCACGAGUCGGAUUGCCGCCAUUGGUCAACUACUUCCGACUACAUGAAGCUUCAAAAGCUUGUCAAGGAGGUUUACGAGAGGCUGAGUGCGAUGAUUGAUGAUAAAAAUUUCACUGGAUUAGCCCCUUAUGCUGAGCACUUCAUUCCUUUCACUUGCAUUUGGCUGGACGACUGUAUAAUUGAAUACUGUAAAUAUGUAGAGAAAAGCUAUCAGCUCGAUGAGUCUGACGGCUUUCAGCGAACAAACGAAUACGUCAAAUUCUCCAGCUCAGUUGUUGACUUGUUCGACAUGCUUAAUCAGCUGGGAGCGUCUACAUCAAAACUGCGCUCAGACUGCCACAAAUUUAAUGGAAUACUAGAAAACAAAUUUGCUCAAGUUGUGACGACUGCAAUUUUUCAUUACAUAGAAAUCUUCAUGAAGGAUUUUCGAAAGUACCUGAAUGAGGCUAACAUAUCCUAUGUGAUGACGAACAACAUUCAACAAAUUCGCGAACAGCUUCAAGAUCUUUACAUCACAAUGGGCCAGGACCAACUUCACCCAAAGGCGCAAGAAUAUUUCAGAGAAGCUCAAAGCAAGUUAUCCAAGACGAUAGACAAAUGCAUACGAAUGCUUGGAGUUUCUUUGAAGCCUUGUACGGAUUCUGGCAUCGUCGCAAUGUAUAACGAGCUCCAACAACUUAGCCAAAACUUAGCUCCCAAUUCAGCAAACAUUGCUGCAGCGAGAGAGCAAGUUUUCCAGGCACUUAUACCACUGAAAACGCUGAUUCGCACAGAAAGACCACUUACAAAUUUUCAAGUGGAAGUUAUAUCAAACGUCAUUGUUUCGCUUGAAGACUACUUUCAUCAAAAUGGGGAAGGAUUGAAAAAAGCAUUUUUCAACAAAGACAACUCCCUCCGCCAGCUAAAAUACACUCUCGACAAAUAUACAGAAGAAACAGACGUGCUCAUCUGGCGGCUAAUGGAUUCCUACACUUCAACAGCGAAAAAGAUGCCUCCUGAACUCAUUCGCCCUUCUAUCGUUCUCGCAUUCGAGCUCUCGCUCAUUAAGAGCGGCAGAAAAACUUUCUCCUUGACGGUGAAAGUCAAAUCUGUUGAGAACAUGCCGCUAGAAUUUUCAAAAGUCUUCCGCCCAUUCGUUGAAGUUGCCGUCUACGGUCCGUCUGUGGAACAGAUCGUUCAUGUCCACGCUACUAAAUCCAAGUACAACACUGCCAAUGCAAUUUUCGACCAAGAAUUCUCCUCAACGUUGUCCAACGACUGGCGCAAAUCCGAAAUUCAGUUCUCGUUGAAAGAUUUCUCGCUAAUCGGAGAGAACCGAUCUUUAGGACGGCACAUUGUGCGCCUCUCUAAUUUCAAAGAUCUCCCACAAGUCGCAGAAACUGCUCCGCUCACCAAGCCGACUCCUUUUAGCAACAAUGAAAACGUAUUAUUCCACUUGCUCCAGAAACGCUCAUUCGACAACGUCGCCAAACAGUUCAUCAGCUUGAAAGAUUUCAGCAUAGCAAACCACACAGCUUCAAGAUCAACUACGAGACAACAGAAAUAA